UUUUGCAUUGGCAACACUGCCCAUAACCUAACCUAUUAAUAGUGAAUCGCCGAUAACAAUAUUUAUAAUUAAUUAGUUUUUUAGUAUUUUUUGUAAUUAAAUUUGAAAAUGGUAAACUCAUGCUGCGUUUGUGGAAUAGAAUCAAGCAGCGUAUAUGGAGAUAGAUCAUUCCAUAAAUUUCCUAAGUUAGAAGAAAUACGGAACAAAUGGAUUAAUGCAAUCGGAAAAACAAUCUCUUUCAAUCAUGCAUUUAUAUGCAGUGAACAUUUUCAUCCAAAGGAUUUUAUAAAUUUUUUUGCAAAACGUAGAAUGCUCCAAAGAGAUAGUGUGCCAUCUCUAAAUUUAUCAAAAAGUGUGAAAAUAAAGCAAGAAGAAAUUCAAGCACCUGGAGAGAUGUUGAACGAAUCGGUUGUUGAGCAGAGUUGCAGCGAUGACAAUAAUUAUUCAUCCAUAAGUAAUCAUGAUGAGGCAUCAACAAGUGAAUUCUGUAAUACAAGUCAAAUCAAAAUUGAACCCCUCCCUGAAUUCAUUAAUCCAAGUCAAGUCAAAAUUGAACCCGAAGCACUUUUGGAAGUAAUUUUGAACGAAAACGCAGAUUCUGAUCCAUUAAUAAAUAACGAUGAGCCGAGUGAAGAUGAUGACAACCUAUCAACAAAUGAUAGAAAAAGACCUUUGGACCCGAACGAUGAUUUUACAAAUAGAAAAAAAAUGAAAAUCAGUUUAGAAGGAACAAGUAUAUGGCUAAAAGAAGAAGAUUUAAUUGAUAAACAAAAAUGGCCUGUAUUAGUAAAUUUUGUUCGUGCGAAGAAUGAAGCUAUUAAAAGCUUGAAGCGAAGUAACAAUUACGUUAAAGAUUCCGAAGAUGCAGAGCCAACAAAAUUUUCUUUUCAAGAUUCAGAAGAUACAGAUCAUAGGAUAUGUGGCCGAUGUAAAAUUUGCAGUCGAAAAUCCGACAGAAAAUCCAAAUCGAAAUGCUAUAAAUGCAAACGUUUUGUCUGCAAGGAACAUUCAAAUAUUGUUUGUAAUACCUGUGGCGCCUGUGUCACGUAAGUUAGUGUAGGUAUACAGAGUUGGGAUAAAGUAUGGAUAAUUAUGAAACUUUGCAUGCAAGUACAGUGACGCAAAAGGCAUCUGAUGCCAUAUUUUUUGUUACUACUCCACUUCCGGUUUCACCGGAAAUACCUUUAAAUUAUUUACUUUAAUCAACUAUUUUUAAUAGGAAUAAGCCACAAUUUUACCAAAAAAAUGAUUUUUAUAUUUACUUUAGGAUUUAAAUAGGACACCCUGUAUAUUUUUGCAGAUUUUAAAAGAACUUGUUAUUUUUAAUUCAUACAUACCAAGUUUGGAAGAGAAAACUAUUAAAACAAGAAACAAAUCUUUUUACAGUUAAAAAAUAGGUUAAUUUAUUUAUGUUAGGCAAAUGAUAUUAAAAAUAAAAAAAAAUAAUUUCAAAUGUUGAAAAUGUUUGCUGUUCACCUCCUGACAACGUGCAAGCCUAUAAAUAAAUUUGUGAGUCACUUUUUGCAAAAUUUCUCCACCUAUUAGUUCACAUUCAUCAAUUAUUCUUUGUCUCAAAUCCUGCAAGCAUGUUGGUCGCCUAACGUAAACACGUUAUUUUAGAUAACCCCAAAGAAAAAAAUCUAACGGGUUUAGGUCCGGAGAACGAGCGGGCCACUCUAUGAAUCGUCUACGUCCAAUCCAUCGAUUUGGAAAAUUCACUUCCAAAAAAUGAAAAUUUACCAUAACCGAUUAUUAUUAAUAUUUCAAUACGAUCUUUUUCACUUAAAUGAACCAUUUUUAAUACAACUUAUUUCUGUCAAUUAGUUCAGUAACAGUUUUACCUACUAUACUAAAUUCAAAUAAGUCAUGCAGUGCAUGUAAACAACAAUUUUAGUCUACAGUAUAGAUGGUACUCGUUUAUUUCCUACUACGUUGUAUUAAUACAAAAAAUUAUCUACAGACACUUUUUAACAAUUUUUUUCUACCAAAUUUGGUAUGUAUGAAUUAAAAAUAACAAGUUCUUUUAAAAUACGCAAAAAUGUACAGGGUGUCCCCUUUAAAUUAAAUAAGUUAAGGGGAUUCCCGGUGAAACUGGAAGUGGAGUAGUAACAAAACAUAUGGCAACAGAUGCCUUUUGCGUCAAUGUACUUGCAUGCAAAGUUUCAUAAAUAUUGUUCUUUUCGUUUCAAAGAUAUUUGCUUGGUUCCAUACUUUAUCCCAACCCAGUAUAUAUUUUCCAUUAGUUCUAAGAUCAGAAUGAUGUUUCUUGUUUUUGUUUAGUUGUAAUUAAAAAUGUGUUUUACUAA